AACCCUGGAGAAGUUACUUUGUGUAACAGGUGGUUUCUCUAAAGUUUUGAAGAAAAGAGCUGGAGAUGGAAUAGAAUCUUUAGUUUCUGUCUACUACGAGUAUUGUUAGGAAGAUGAGGCCAGUUUCGUGGUAUUUAGAGGCCAGGUCGAGCCCCGAUGACCUGGCGCCAGCAUGGUGCGUGUGAUGGGCGAUGAGUUGGACAGCGAUAGCACAGGGAGCCUGCCCGUGGAGCGGCCAUGUGUGAUGGGCAGUGAAUCGGACGUGGAGAGCACGGGGAGCACAGAGAGUGUUCCUGUAGAAGUGGAAGAGGUACAAGAGAUUGAGGAACUUCUUCACAAGUUGAGAGCUCUCCUGUCAGCAGAGCUCCCUGAUGACUUGUUGGACGAUGACAGCGCGUCAGCUUCAUCGCUGUCAGAUAGCGGACGUCUCUCAGACAGUGGGCGCAUGUCUGACACUGACAUGCUCAGAGACAAAAGGCCAAGGCUUAAACAAUGGCAGGCUGAACAGCAGUGGAUACAGCAGGGUGGGGGAGGGCUGUACACCUCAACCCCCAUGGUAGGGACAAACGCACCUCCGCUCAAGACCCCUGGGGGCAUCCAGGACUAUCAGACUGGAAUGAAUGGAGGACAGUACCAGCAUCCCGACCAGUACAGUUACCAUAGCAAUGGAGGCUACCCGUCCCAACAGUACAUAGAACAUGGUUCCCAUGGUAACGGCUACCCACAAGUGGCAGGUUGGGAAGGGCAGUAUGAGGGACAGCCAGGACAGUACGGCCAUGCUGAUGAGCAUGGAGCCUUUGAUUACCAGCAGCGUGGUGAAAUCGACGGUGCCACUAACUCGGACGACUGCAGCAGCGUAAAUGGCCACUACCAUGGUAAUGAUCAGUACCACUUACAGCAGAACUACGGUCACGGCUAUUACCAUGGCAACAACGGGGACGGGCAGCCAGCCCCGCAGGAGUUCAAUGGCUACCAUGGGGGCUAUGAGAAUGCUGAUUACGGCUACCCCUACAGGCAGGAGAAGUACCCUCCAGAAGGAGUGAGAGAGGUGUCCCCAGGAGGACAGAUGAAAGAUUCCCAUUCCUUAGAAGACUACAAGGUCGUGUACAGCAAAGUUCAUGACCAGGGAGAGGAGCAUGAUGGGAAUGAUGUGACACCAAAGAACGGAGUGGAUGUUCAGGAGGACAAGUUUGACAGGAUGCAGAAAGAAUUCCUGGAUUCUGGCUCACCAAAGCUGUUCUCUGAAGGUGCAGGAGAUGGCAGACAGCUGGCACAGCUGCAGAUCCUGUACAAGGCCAGAGGCAGGAAGCUGGAGGAGCUGACUCAGCAGCUGGACAUGCUGCGGGAGGACUCUGCUCGCGAGAAGAGAGUGCUCAGUCAUCAACUCGCUCUGGCUAAAGGUGAGAAGGACGGUAUGCAGGCCAGCUUACAGCAGUGUCAGCAGCUCCUACAGGAAACUAAGGAUGAACUACAGACCCUACAGGGGAGGGUGUCUGCUGCAGAAACAUGGGCACAGGCAGCGGAGACAGGCAAGGGGGAGUUGCUGAAGAAGCUUCAGUCAGCUGAGUCAAACAUCGAGAGUUUGAACCAGCAACUGAUGGACCUAGGACAGUCGGAGUCGCUGAGCCGUGCACGCGACCAACACCAAGCCGUGGUCGCCACAAUACAGCAGCGCUACGAGCAGGAGGUGCUACAGUUGAAGGAAAAAGUGGACGAGACAGCUGCAGCUUUGGAACAAGAGAGAGAGCACGUGGAGAAACUGCAGAGAGAAAUCCAGGAGACCAGAAUGGCAUCUGAGGAGGCUCAGUUUGAGAGGGCAGAUGUCAUCAACCGACUGACUCGUAGUCUGGAGGACAGUCAGAAACAGUGCAGAGAGCUACUACAAACAGGAACAGUUCAGGAAAUUGGCCAGUUGAAGAUCCAGCUUCAGCAGGCCAAUACCAGCAAGGCGCUGAGUGAGGGAAUGUACCAGGCUCUACAGGAUGAGCUAACAGAGCUGAAAGAGCAGCUGCAGAUGUAUGAGAAUGCUGCCCAGUUUGGAGUCUUUGCCACCCCUCCUAAUGACUCCCACUCUGACUCUUACGUUCAACUGGGCAUCAAGAAGGACCUGGACUGGAAAACUCCGAAGAUUCACAGACCCAAUGUUUGUGAGAACCUAAGCCCAGAGGAGGUUGUGGUUGGUCUGAAGGCAGAGUUGGAGCGUUCCCUCAGCACCAACCGCUCCAAGCGAGGUCAGGUGACCAGGCUGCAGGGCGACCUCCGCGCCAUGAAGGCUGACCUUGAGACCUGGAAGGCUCGAGCGGAGACCUCCGAGAGAAAGGGCAAUGACCUAGAGAUGAAAAUAAAGAGUCUGGAGCGUGACCUGGAGCUGUCUGUACCAGGCGGGUCAUCAGCAGGAUUGGACAGACUACAGAAGGAGCUGGAUGGCCUGCGACACCAGUACAACACCUUAGACUUAGAGUAUGAGGAUGUGAAGUUACGUCUGGAGGAGGUUUCUUCGAGUGAGGAACAGCUGAAUGAGCUGAACCAGCAGCUGAAAAGGGACAUGGCACAGAUGGUGACUGAGUUUGACCAGGACAAGACUCAGGCUGUAGAGAAAGCCCAGCAAGCCUGUCUCCAGCUACAUGAAGACUCCAGCCACAAGCUGAGGGAGGAGCUAGAACAGCAGUAUGCUGAGCAGAGGAACACUGAUCUGCAGGCAUUUGAGAAAAGGGUCACAGACAUCCAGUCUGAGCUUGACCAAGCCUUAAAGCAGCUUGAUGGAGUGAAGGAGGACUACAUCCAGGUGUGUGGAGAGAAGGACUCACUGACAGACAGACUGAGAGAGGAACAUAUGAAGGAGAUGGAACAGAAACUUGCACAGGUUCAGAAGGAAUGUGUGAGGGAAAAGUGGGAUGCCCUGGAGAGUCUUAAGAUUGACCUUGAGGACAGUCAUAAGGUUGCCAUGGCAACUGUCAGGGAGAAGUGGUCCAGGGAGCAAGAAGAGGAGACAAGAAGAGAAAUAGAAACAAAGGUUGCCAUGGCGAAGGUUGAGUGGGUAGAGGAACAGAGCCAGGCGAGGAGGGCAGCCAUCGAAGCUGCUGUGAAGGCAGCAGAGCAGGAGUGGCUGGCACGGCACGAGGUCGAGUCUGAGGGAGACUUUGAUGAAAGGUUACAACAAGCCAAACAGCAGUGGCAGGUGCAGCAGGAGGCAGCCAUCAGGGAGGCGCUGGUCAGGGCUAAGGCAGAGUGGGACAAAGAGGCAGCUGAGAACAGGGAGGAGGAGUUUCAUCGACUCCUGGCUACAGAGAAAGAUGCUUGGUCCACCCAGUCUGCUACAGAGAGAGCUCAGGCCAUCCAAACUGCUGUUAAAUCAGCUGAAGUGGACUGGAUAUCAAAGAACCAGGAAAGUGUUGGCAGGCAGAUUGAGCAGGCUCUUACAGCUGCCCGGAGCAAGUGGAUGUCUGAACAGGCACUGGAACGACAGAAACAUGGGCAGGAGAUGGAGGUCUUUAGGAAAGAACAGUUAGAACAGCAGGAAGAGAACACUAAGAGAGAGGUGUCCAUAGCCCUGAAGGCAGCCCGACAGGAGUGGGAAAAGGAACAGAAGAAACAGAAGGAGCUGGCUGUGACCCAGGCGGUGCAGGAGGCCACCAGGCACCUCCAGCAGAGGAUGGAGGCUGACAGGGAGAAACAACUACAGGGCACAAUAAACAACCUUCAGGAGGAGCUGCAGAAACUGCGAGUAGAACAAGAUAACGUCAUUCAACAAGAGUUAUCCACAGCUCGUGCAGCAUGGGAGAAAGAACAAUCUCAGGAGGAGAACUGGGAGAAACAAGAACUUCAGAACAAGAUACAGGACUAUGUCAAGCAGCUGGAGAGGUCAGAGGGCAAAGUUCAGGAGUACCAGAAGGAGCUGGAGAGGUUAGAGGUCAGAUGGAGGGGUGAGAUUGAUUUGGAGAGGCAGCGGUUGGACAGAGAUCAUGAAGUGGACUUGGAGACCAUCGUUGUGGAGAAGGAGAGGUUGAAAGAUAGAAUAGAGCAGUUGGAACAACAGUGUAAGAGAAAGGAGCUUCUUCUGAAGAAAGAGCUUGAAGCCCUGAGAAGUAACCUGACCACUGAGCACCAGAGAGACAGGCAAACCUGGGAACAAGACCAGGCCAGCCAGCAGGAGAUCUGGGAACGAGAACGGGCCAGUCUGGAGUCCAAACUGGCUCACUCAGAGACGAGGAUAAAACGGCUGGAAGAAAGGUCCAAAAAGGAACUGGAAUUUCUGCAAAAGAACCUGACUGCUGAACAGAAAGACUUGAUGGACAGACUAGAGGAAGAGAAGACAGAAUUGACAGAAGAAUUGAGAAGAGCUCUGAAAGAAAAAGGAAAGUUGGAAGAAACGUUACAAGGGGAAAAGGAAAAGCUCAGGAUGAAACUUGAGGGAAAAUAUAACAAGGAGAUAUCUGCUUUGGAGACCAGAAUCUCGGAACUUGAGAAGGAACGGGCUGCUGCCAUGGCAACUAGCCAGCCACACCCCUCGGAGAAAAGGAAAGACAUGGUACAGACACCCUGUCAGACUGACUUUGAUUUGGAGUCCUUGCCCGAGAACGCCAGCGAGGGUAUGCACGAACUCAGGAACCACUAUCUCACUACUGUCAACAAGAUCAAAGAUGACGUGAAACAGUUUUUGGAGUCCAGUCGCUCCCGGACAGCGGAAAGCCUGAAGAAGGAGGUGACGAGAGAGAAGCACCUGACAGGACGGAAGCUGAGGCGGUACUAUCUGCAGUGCCUUCACCAACUGUUGGAGGAGGAGAAGAGGGAGGGGGGACAUGGUAGCACCUUGAACAGUGCCAGGAAGAUGGCCAUCAUGGCUCAGACUCUGGAGUCAGCUCUGGACUCUGACAGGGACGACAACUCUACUACCUCAAGCCAGGAGAAAUCCAGAGGUGGACAAAGGUCGCGUCACGUGGAAUCAGAUGGUAACGAUGCUGGGGUAUCAACCAAUGGCAGCUCAAGGAAUGCUAACAGAGCAUCAUCCAGAAGAGGAGAAAUUAGAUCGUCCCAACCAAGAGCUUCUGAACGUAUGAAAGUCAGAAAUUGUAGGACUGGCAAUGCUUCAAGUACAACAUCUGGAAGGCAUAUGGCAAGGAAUAAAGAUUCUGGCAAACAAAGAAGUGCUGAUACCGCAGACUAUGCAACUCAGAAAGUGUCUGAACGACAAGAUACAAUGGGCAGCUAUUUAGAGGAAAGAAAUGGCUUUGAAGGCUCUAAUCAGAAGGCAAAGUUCCCUCCAAAUUCCACAACAUUGGAACAUUCAAGGCAGUUCCAUUCUAUGGAAAGUUUAUCGACCACAGCAGGGGAGACGACGUCUGGAAGGGCAUCUCCUGUGAACAUCACGGUGAGAGCAAGGGAUCAGUUUAAGCCUCUUUCUGCUCACGCACAUUCUUUGGAAGACCUUACACUCUCAGGUGGGAAAUCCUUUGGUCUCAAAACCAGCGGAGACAGAAGAUACAACAACAGUUCACAGUCACAAAAGAGAGAGAGGGAUAGAGCUGAUAGCAUGAGUAGUGAGACCUCCGUGGAAGAAAGGACUGAUCAAGCUGACAAGAAGAGAAGGCAGAGGGAUGUUGGAAAAUCCUCCACCAGGCAAACUGGUUCUAUUGGUCAAGAAAAAUACAGGCACCAGCCAAUCACAAAGGAGAACAGUAGGUCAGUUGACAGGAGACAACCAAUGAGAGUUCCUCCCCCUAACAAGGAGAUGCAAGUGAUGCUAGCCGAGGUGUCUGUUUCACCAAAGAAACCGAUUCCCUUGGUAACACGACAUACACAGGCUCCAUCCCCGGCACCCUCUGAUAUUUCCAUUGACUCUGAGUAUAUAGAACUCCCUACAAGACUUGCUAUGUCUGACAAACCAAGACCAGGCAAAAGCAGGGAAAAGGAAAACCAUCCAGAUCAAACCAUUCACAGCCAGUUCCAACCGGAAGAAUCCAGUUACAGCCAGAACACUCCAGUUGUAUCCAGUUCUGACCAGAAUGGCUUGUACAGAACCAAACCCCACAGUAGGACAAAUAUCACCCCUCAGACUGCUAGCAAAUCAGCAAAGGUUUCAUCCUAUCCUAAAGCACAUGUGGGCAAGGAUAGACAUGUGCAGAGUGUCGAUGUAAGAAAAUGUGCAGGCAGCUCUGUACAUCCACUGAGAAUACAGAGGCUGUUGCAACAGGAUAGUGGCAUCGACAGCCCCUCAAAUGGGGGACAGUGAUUGUUACUUACCCAAGUUUGUAUCUAGUAAAUAGUAUUAUAAUGUAAUGUAGUAUUAUAAUUUAUAAUUUAAAAAAAAUUGAAAUAUUAUUUGAUAAUGUCAGGUAGAAGCAUAUAGUAUAUAAAAUCAUUUGUAUCAUAAUACCUUUACUUAGUGUCAGGAUAAAAUAUACAAUGAAUUUACAUGGUUAAAUGUCUCAAAAUUGCUAUUACUUCUUUGUGUGGACUCUUUAAAGCAGAGAAUUUUAAACACAUUUUGUAUUUCAUGUACUUCUACAUUGCCACCACAAAAAGGCUGCUACCUUCAAUUUAAAAGCUAAAGAGUGGAUCAUUACAAUCAUAUCUUUGUUCUCAGAUUAUUCAGAAUUGUGGCACAUAAGAUCAUUUAUUUUUGCCCGUUAUCUAUACACUUGCUGUGCAUAUUUUACAGACAUGUACUCAGAAAAAAAUGACUGUUUUUGUACAAAGUGUAAUUGGAUGUAAUUUUUAAUUAAGUAAUGUUUCAAUCAGAGUUGAAUGGAAUGAAAUAAAAUUCUACUUUCAUGU